AUGUAUGCACAAUGGCGGGACCCUUAUGAGAUCAUCAAGGCAGUGGGACCGGUCAAUUACAGGGUCCGACAGCUGGGUAGAAGGAGGGAGAAACGGGAAGUGGUGAACUUGGUGAAACGCUACCAAGAUGUGUUUUCUGCCAUUCCGGGAAAGACACAGAUCAUCCAGCAUGAUGUUGUGACUCCACCCGGGGUGGUCAUUAAACAGAGGCCAUAUCGCAUACCCGAAACGAAGCGGGCAGCAGUAAAGCAGGAGGUGGAAGAGAUGUUACGCCUAGGGGUUAUAGAGGAAUCCACCAACAAGAUAACGUGGUCUGGACCAAUGGAAACUGCUUUGCAGGAUUUAAGACGAGCUUUGUGUAAUGAGCCUGUCUUGCAAGCUCUUGACUUUAAAAAGCUAUUUGUGUUACAAAUGGAUGCCUCUGGGACAGGAUUAGGAGCAGUCCUAUCCCAAGAAUAUGAAGAAGAGGAAGAGGAGUAUGUGGAGGAAGAAGAGGUUGAGGAGGAGGAGGAAGAGCCAGUACCGGAACCACCAAAGCCUGCACCUCCAGCAGCCGCCCCACCACUAAUCCGAAGGAAAUCAUCAGCAAACUAUCGCUCCUAUGCCACCGAGCCACAGGUUAAGAGAAAACCGAAGAUAUCUGCAUCUCGGAAACUGCAGCUGAAGAGUCUGAUGCUGCAAAUUGCUAAGAGUGAGAUGGAACAUGAAGAGGAAGAGCGAGCCCGUGAGAAGGAGAGGUUCUUGGCUGAGCACUGUCAGCCCCUACAACUCUCUGGACUGUCUCGUUCUGAGCUUCAGGAUCUAUGCACGGAGCUCCAUGAAAGGAUUGAUGUGGUGGAUGAAGAAAGAUAUGACAUGGAAGCUAAAGUGAACAAAAGUAUUACAGAGAUUGAGGACUUGAAUCAAAAGAUUUUUGAUCUGCGUGGAAAGUUCAAACGGCCACCACUGCGAAGAGUGCGCAUAUCAGCAGAUGCCAUGAUGCGGGCACUUCUGGGCACGAAACACAAAGCUGCUAUGGACCUAAGAGCUAACCUCAAGCAAGUUAAGCAAGCCAAAAAAGAUGAUGCAGAUAAGGAUAUACGUGAAGUAGGAGACUGGAGAAAGAACGUUGAUGCUCUCAGUGGAAUGGAGGGCAGGAAAAAGAAGUUUGAAUCAUCUGGAGCUGUGCAGACCUAAGAAGGUCAGGAGCAUCACUCAUGAAAACUGCAAUGGGGGACAUCACACCUGCCUAGCUGUCAUGUUCCCUGUACUAAUCAUUUUACUGUCUAGUGUUUGUGAUGAAUAGGUGACUAGACUACCUUCACAUGUUGUUUGUGUCCUGUAUUAUCCCUGCAUAUAUUUAUAGUCACAAAUAAACAUUACAGAACGUG